AUGGCCCUAUAUGGGACUUCUGAUGCCUUAAUGUGCAGAGCGUUUCCAACAACUUUGAGGGGGCCAGCCCGCGCGUGGUACAACGGCCUGAAGACCGGGACCAUCACCUCCUUUGACCAGCUCGCCAGAGACUUCGAGCUCAACUUCCUAGCCUACGCCCGACCAAAGCCAUCCGCAUUCAUGAUAGGCCUGCGGCCUUCCAGGUUCUUUUGGUCUCUUGUGGAGCGGCCCCCCACCGCGGUGCCCGAGAUGCUUCAGCGAGCAAGCCAGUUCGUCGCCGCAGAAACAUGGAUGGCUGGAAGGCGUGAAGAGCACAAGAGGGUCAAGCCGGAGCCGCCCCGGCAGCAACAAGCCACCACGUCCCGGCGUAGGUUGGACAAAUCCGACCCCCCAACGUCAAGGCCCCCUCUCCCCGCCUUGAGCUCAUCCCGAACAGAAAUAUUUCUCCACAUAAGGGAGAAGGGACUACUCAAAGAUCUCCACCCGAUGAGGAGCCUGCAAGAACUUGCAGACCGGCAAAUCGAGGAGCUCAUUCGUAGAGGGCACCUCGGCCAGUACCUUCGGCCGGACAAGGAACUCUCCCCGCUCCCGGAGGGUCCCAUCGAGCAACACAUCGACGUGAUAGCUGGCGGCCCCGCAUCUGGCGGGGGCUCCAUGACGGGAAGAAAGGCAUACGCCCGAGCUGCCUCGGCCGAAGCUCCCAGGCACGGGCCCGAGCCCGAGAUCACUUUCCCGACCGGAGCAUCCGAACAUCCCGAACACGAUGACGCGCUCGUGAUAUCGGCCAGGAUCGCCAAUGCGCAAGUAAGAAGGAUCAUGGUCGAUACCGGGAGUUCGACCGACAUACUUUACUUUGAUGCCUUCCGAAAGCUCGGCUUGUCUAGGGAGAAUAUGAAGCCGAUAUGCUCGGCGCUCACCGGAUUCACCGGAGAUUCAAUCUCACCGUUGGGGGCUAUCACUUUGCCCUUAACCUUGGGGGCCCCGCCAAGGUCGAAGACGGUAAUGACCACUUUCCUAGUGGUCGAUCUCCCCACUGCGUACAACGCCAUCCUCGGUCGCCCGACCCUCAACAAAGUCAGAGCCGUCGUCUCAACUUACUACCAAACUGUAAAGUUCCCGACUCACGCUGGGGUCGAGGAAGGCGCGGGAAGCCCCCGAGAAUCCAAGCGCUGCUACCUAACCGCCGUCUCGUUACACAAGAAAGCAAGGGUCGAGCCACCACUGGAGGAUCCUCAGGAGACAAAGAAACCAACCCCCCAUCCCGAGCUGAGGGGAUCCAUCGUCGACUUGCCUCGACUAGAAGGUCGGCCCAACCAGACGGUCAAAAUCGGGUCGGAGCUACCCGAGCAGGAACGAAAGCAGCUCGUCGGCUUCCUACAGGAAAAUGCCGACGUCUUCGCCUGGUCGCCAUCUAACAUGACGGGCGUCGACCCGGAGGUUGCACAACACCACCUCAAUAUUUCACCCGACGCUCGCCCGGUGAAGCAAAAACCCAGACGGCAGGCCCCUGAUCGGUAG